AUGCCCACUUUGUUGUGAAACAAAUGGCGUCUGCUGCAGCAUCUCUACGAGCGUUGCUCCCCGUCCUCCGCCGAGCUGGAACAGGUGUUGUGAGGUGCAGACAGCUGUCCACGGGGAGGGUGGCCAUGGGUGAGGGGCUCGCGGUCUCUGACUAUGACUAUGGGACUCUGGCAGUGUCCCAGCCGCGACAGUGGGUGGUGGAGGUGAGACUGAACCGUCCAGAGAAGAGGAACGCCAUGAACCAGGCCUUCUGGAGAGAAAUGGUGGACUGUUUCCAGAGGUUGUCUGAGGACAGCUCAUGCAGAGUUGUGGUUCUGACCGGAGAGGGGCAGUCCUUCACUUCAGGGUUGGAUCUGGUGGAUUUUGCCCCCAUGUUCACUCAGUUCCAGACGACUGCGGGCGGCGACAUAGCUCGCAGAACCCUCCUUGUCCGUCGUCUCAUCCAGCCCAUGCAGGACACCUUCUCCGCCAUUGAGAAGUGUAUGAAGCCAGUGAUUGCCUGCGUCCACUCGGCCUGUGUGGGAGGCGGUGUCGACAUGAUCACAGCCUGCGACAUUCGACUCUGUUCUCGUGACGCCUGGUUCCAGGUCAAG